AUGGCAGGCCGUGCAAAGACCGACGCCGCAAAGGCUGACAAGUCCAAGUCCGCGGGCCCUCCUCCCAACCAGACGCUGUACUGCAGGAACCUCACCGACAAGAUGCCGAAGAAGGACCUUAAGCGCGAGCUGUAUCUGCUCUUCAGCACCUAUGGCAGCGUCCUCGACAUCGUCACGCUGAAGACGAUGAAGAUGCGCGGCCAGGCACACAUUGUCUUUCAGGACAUCUCCAAGGCAACUCAGGCCAUGCGCAACCUCGACGAGAAGGAGUUUCAUGGCAAGAAGAUGAUCAUCCAAUAUGCUAAGACCAAGUCCAACUUUGUUGCGAAGCUCGACGGCACCUUCAACCAGCCCCAAGCUGCCCAGCCUGCGCCGGCCCCUGCUCCUACGACUUCCCUCCAGCAAUCCAUCUUCAACAACCCACCAUCAUCGCUUCCCGUGCCUCCUGCGUUGAAUGGAAUUGACAGCCCUGCGAGCGUCGACAGCUCCAAGAGGAAGAACGAGGAAUUGGAGGCCGGCGAUGCCAAGCGGACAAAGAUCGAGCAGCCCCCUGCUGAUGAGGAGGAGGACGACGAGGCCGAGAUGGAGAUGGACGAAUCCGACUGA